AUGGGCGACGCUUCAAUUCUUCACAUGCCGACAACCCUUAUAUUUGGGGGCAAUGGCAAAACCGCCCCAAUCCUUCGGGACGCCGAUACCCCGCACACCAUCUUCAGCGUUAUCCGCAAUCCGGAACAGAUUCCGGACUUGGAAGCCAUCGGCGCAAAGCCAAUUGUCCAAGACAUCUCUACCGCUUCUGAAGUCGACUUCAUCAAAAUCAUUGAGGGCACCCGGCCCGACGUUGUGGUGUGGGCAGCUGGCGGCAAGGACCCCAAGUCCGCUGAGGCCGUUGACCGGGAUGGAGCCAUUCGCGCCAUGGAUGCCCUGGCCAAGGCCAAUGUGGUCGCCAAACGCUACAUCGUCGUCAGCGCCCUCGACGUCCGCGACCGAGACAGCAAGCCCGUUCCGGACUGGUAUACUGAUGCCGAUGAGAAGCUCAGCGACCGUAUGUGGGGUAUCAUCGGUCCCAUUCUCCGGGCUAAGCUAGCGGCCGACACGGAGUUGAGGGUGGGGAAUGCGGCUCGCAAGCUUAACUACACCAUUGUGAGACCGGGUGGCUUAACUGAGGGACCCAGCACCGGAAAGGCACGGGCAGGAAAGGUUGGCACCGUCGGCAUGAUUCCUAGAGAAGAUGUCGCCAAGGUAGUCUACGCGGCGAUUCAGAAUGAGAAGACCUACGGGCUGGCAUUCGAUGUGUUGGGGCCCAAAGACGACAGCCCAACGAUCAAAGAAGCUGUUUCACAGGUGGCAAAACAUCACGAAGAUACGUUUGAAGGCUACUAUUAG